AUGGGGGUGUCCGGAGAGUGCGCGGUCAAGGGCAGCAAAAGCAGCCACCCCUGUCACUGCUGCCACGUUGGCAGCUCCGGCGCGAGCGUGCAAUCGCCGCAGCAACCCUGCGAGCCGUAUCACCAGCACCACCAUCAGCACCACCAUCAUCACCAUCAUCAUCACCAUCACGGCAAGCACGCACCGCUAGGCGCGUCGCCGCAGCACAACAACAGCGGCGACAGCAACAACAUCCUGGCACCGUUGCGCAGCAAAAUGAAAGUGCUCAAGAAGCUCAAGCGCAAGAUGGGUCUAGCGCCCAGGUCCUCGAACACGGGUACCAACAACCUGCCGCCGUUGACGUUUCACCACGUGCACGGUGACAAUAUUAGACUGUGCAACGGCGGUACGAUCGCCCGGAGGCACGAGAGCUUCUGCAAGGGUGUCACCUUUAGCGCCAGGCCCGUGCGAGUGGGCGAGAAGGUCUGCGUGAAGUUCCUGGAGAUCUCCGACAACUGGAGCGGCGUGAUCCGUUUCGGGUUCACCAGCAACGACCCGAUCAACCUGCGAAGUGGCUUGCCGAGGUACGCGUGUCCCGAUCUGACGAACAAGCCGGGCUACUGGGCUAAGGCACUUGCCGAGAGGUUCGCGGAGCGUGACACGGUGCUGUUCUACUACGUUACAUCGGCCGGCGACGUGCACUUUGGCGUCAAUGGCGAGGAGAAGGGCCUCUUCUUCAGCGGCGUCGAGACCCGGGGCCCGCUUUGGGCCAUCAUCGAUGUCUACGGCAACAGCACUGCGAUCGAGUUCGUCGACCCGAAUCGCCAGCACUUCAAUAACAUACGUAGGGGCGCCGAGCACAGCAACGAGGACAAUGCGCAGCACAGCCGGCACUCGGCCAUGGACGACGCCAGUAACGCCGGCCGGGACGUCGAAAGGAUCAUCGUGCCGUCAAUGCAGAACAUGUCGAUUCAUCACGAACCUGACGUGGAGCUGCCCGGACUUAGGUUUCAACCUCCCGGCGUCAUCUUCACGCCGCUGCCCUUCCACUCCACUCGGGGCAGGAACAUCCGCUUCAGCAACCAGCAGUGCGUGGCGACGCGCACAGACACGGAGUUCUGUCACGGCUACGCGUUCACGAGUCGACCAUUGCUGCUGGGCGAGCGGUUGGUCGUGCAGAUUCUCUCGACGGAACCGAUGUACGUCGGUGCUCUUGCCCUGGGCCUGACCUCAUGUGAUCCGGCGCGACUCACGGCAGAGGACCUGCCAGACGACAGCGACUUGCUGUUAGAUCGUCCGGAGUACUGGGUGGUCUCCAAGGACGUGGCAUCGAGUCCGCAACCCGGUGACGAAAUCGCUUUCACGGUCACGCAUUACGGCGAGGUGCAGAUGAGUAAGAAUGGCGGCCCGCCCAACGUCGUCAUGCACGUCGAUCAGAGCCUCCAGCUAUGGGCAUUCGUGGACGCCUACGGGAGUACUCAACGUGUCAGGAUGCUAGCUAGCAGACCGACCUCGCCGCCCCGACAACGCCAAAGCAAUCCCUCGCCUGCCAACGUCGUUCAGCAGCAACAGCAACAGCAGCAGCAGCAACAACAGCAGCAGCAGCAGCAUUCCUCGAAUCACAGCAACGCCGCCACGGAAUUGUCCAGAUUCUCCGAGAUGGUGCAGUUCAAGCCGGCGGUGGGCGGCGGAACGGUGCUUGUCGUCAAUUUACCACCUCAGGCCGGUUACCCGACGCCACCACCGCCCACCACGCCACAGCCGAUUUACGCUUCUGCGACGCAUAGGAAUCUCUCGGCGGCGGCAGCGGCGGCGGCCGCGGCAGCGGCAGCCGCGGCGGCCGCUCCCGCCCCGGUUCCGCAUCCCGGAUCCUCUAGGCAAUCCUCGCCGCCGUUGACUGGAACAAUGGCCAGCACCGGCUCGUCGACGUAUGUCGACCCAGUGACCUACCAGAGUCUGGACAGCACGCUGACAUCAUCGCGCACAGCCUCGACUCAUCUGCAGCAGUGGAGCGAGGGGUUGCAGUCGACGCUUUCCAACAAUCCGAGCGAGUGCUAUAUUUGCUACGAGCACAACAUUGACAGCGUGCUCUACAUGUGCGGCCACAUGUGCAUGUGUUAUACAUGCGCGAUCCAACAAUGGCGUGGCAAGGGCGGCGGCCACUGUCCGCUUUGUCGGGCGCCGAUUCGCGACGUCAUUCGUAUCUACCGAUCCUGAACAGUUCGGGGCUGGCAAAGAGAGGGAGAGGGAAAGAGCACGCGGACGCCUUCCCGAUUCCCAGCGUCGUCGUCGCCACCACCACCGCCACCGCGUCCAUCACCGUGCUUCCGUCGUCUUGGUUUCCUUCCGCGUCGAAUCCGCCGCGCUUCAUCACCGUCGCGCUUCUCGCCCGCCUCCACAACCACCGGAACGAACGAACAAACCAAUGCAAAAUCGAAGCGGAACUUGCCACUUUCACACUGCCGUAUCUCUUUUUUCUAUUGAAACGCGUUCCGGCAAGUAAAACAAGUAGAUAAACCGGGAAACGAGAUAUUUUCCGUGGAAUCUUCUGGGGGACUGCGAAGCGCAGAAUAUCGUUGAAUAGAGUAUUUUACGCUAUCAAUAUUUGAGGCAGUUUGACGCUUUAGCAUGAUCGCGUCGCUGUCAAUUAACACGCUAAUGGAUGGACCAUCGCGUCAUGCACAAAGAAAGCAACAGUGUUUUCGAAAUCGCGAUCACUGCCACCGUUGUUUGUCGAUCGAGCGAGAACGCGGAGAUGAACUGCUUCGGAUACAAACAAAAGAAAAUGAGCGAAGAGGAGAGAAAGUGUGUGAGAGAGAGAGAGAGAGAGAGAGAGAGAGAGAGAGAGAGAGAGAGAGAGAGAGAGAGAGAGAGAGAGAAAGAUAGAGAGAAUGACAUAGAACAUAGAAUAACGAUAAAGGCUGUAGUUGGUCGAAUUUGCUUGUAUAUCGAUAUUCUGUCUGCCAAUUUCUAUUAUGAGCAUGAAUGAAUGCGAACUGUGCGAUUGCGUUAUCGACAAAAGAAAUCGAUCCUAGAUAUUUUCACAAGCGACAUAAUCGUCAUUAUACCAUUACCAAUUACUACUACCGCUCUGAAACUAUCACUAUCACUAUCCUAUUACUAUUACUACUACUACAACUAUUUACUACAGUACCUAUUCUUCUGAUCUUUAAUUAUUAUUUUAUUAUUACUCUUAAUAUUCUAUCGCUAUUAUUUUAAUUAUAUUAUUAUUAGUUUGUUCGUUGUAACUGUCUUUAACUACUCGCGAGUAGUUUUGUUUGCCACGACCGCUAUUAUUUUUACGAUUUGCCGAUUAUAGUGAUGGUUGGUGAAUUAACAUAGUCACUAUUUCAUAACGUGAUUAUUAUUUAAUGGACCGAGUGAUUACAUAGCACAAACUUUCCGAUUGGACGCUUAGGAGAUAUGAAUAGCUUAAUUGCGUCUCCGACUUUACCUUUUCUAGAACAAUUGAAAGGACCUCGUUGUUCUAACUAGAGCGUGGAUGAAUUGAGGCCAACAUUGUUCAUCCUCGAUUAUUUCCAUUUUGGACGAUAAUGUUUGAGCGUCCGUGUUCGUCGCCAAUCGUGUCAGGUGGGCUUUUACCAAAGAUCCUAAGUGUUUUCCGCCUGUUUUAUCUGACCUUCUUGACAUUUUAAGAUCGCAAAGUGAUUUCAAAGGGCAUUUGCAUGCAAGUAAAUCUUGACAAUGACAAUCGCUACCAGCUUACGACAUUCGUUUUGCCAAUGCUGUUAUCGCGCUCAAAUCUUAACGUCCUGUAACGUUGAUAUUGUUUGUAUGCGGAUUGAUUAUAUACCUGACAACGACCAAUAAGAUAUUUUUGGCCUUCGCGUAGCAACAGCGACGUAGAUGCAGCAUUCAACAAGACGCUGCAAAGCAUUGUAAAAUCUAUUUGACAGCUGAUUGUGAGUUCAUCUAGCGAAGUAAGACUUUUAAUUGGAUGGAACUUGGAACUAUUUACAUUCAUUCAACUUUGUUACGUGGCUUUACCUUCGGCGUUGACCCUUUGGACGUGAAAAAAAAAUGAAAAUAUGUUGCGACGUUGAUUUUGAUUCGAAAAUUCCUAUUAAUUUUCGAGACAACAUCAUACGCAUCCGGUAUGCCUCGUUGCGCGUUUGUGAAGUUUUUCAUCUCGGAAAGAUUCUAGGCAAAAUUGAUCUAAAUAUCUUUGUAAAUCCAUAUCUUUUAACCAUUUAUGAAUGAAAAUGAUAUUGUCCUCGCCAGUUGAUAUCGAUAGAGAAUUGUCACUGUCUAAGAGGAAAAAAAGAUAAAUUUUUCCACAAUCCAGAGAACAUUUUAAAAGACGAAAUAAUUUUUCAAUCAAAAGGGACAACGUCUGACCCUUUAAAGUGUUAAUUUUUAACGAAUACGAGAGAAGAGCAAGGGAGAGGAAAAACAGGAGGAGGAAGAGGAGGAGGAAGAAAAACUCUUCCCUUCGAAUAUAUAAUAACAGAUGCGCAAUAAAGCGGUAGUGAAAAUCUCUAGUCCAGUGAGCGGCGGGUUUAGUCUGCCAAUCCAAAAAGUAUGAUGAAAAUAACGGAGUAAAAGCUUUUUCCUUUUUUCUCUCUAUAAGUAAAUGAAAGAGAGAGAAUAGGGACAGAUACAGAGAGAGACCGAGAAAUUUUAUUGUUGCGAAGAUAUGCAAAUUAUUGCGCGCGUCUGCCAGCGAACGGCGCAUCCAAGAUUCUAUUAAAUGAAUUAUAUAACAAUAGAUUAUUAUUAUUCUAUUGAUAUAAUACGUGCGACGAUAAGGAUCUGUUCUAAAAUGUCGCUGACGCUGCGACGAUAGAGCGAAAGGUGGAGAGAAAAAUAGGGUAAGCAUGCUUGAGAUAAUUACGACGAAUGUUUAUCAUUAUUGUCAUCGUUAUCGUUGUGAUCAGCGUGAGUUGUCGUGUUAUUCUGUCAUCAAUUUGGCAGCAUUUUGAUCAUAUCGCUCUACAUUCAUACGUAUUUCUACUUUGAUUUACUAUUGCUCUUAUUAUUGUACGAUUAUGCGAUUAACGAUUGUUUAAUUCGGCAUUACUUGCGUUGCUUGGUACGUGAGAAAGAGAAAGAGUGUGAGUGUGAGUGCGAGUGUGUGUAUCAGAGAAAAGAGAAAAAAUACUUUCUUCUUUUUAUCUUUUCUUUCUAAUGUCCCUUUUUUAAAUUUCUCACGAAUCUCAGCGUUAACGCGCACAAGUACAGAACCGUACACAAUUUUUACAUCACAUCUUACUAUAAUCGAAAGAGAGAAAACAAAAGUUUUAUGCGCCAUGCGAGAGUUUCUUCAACCGUAAUGUAAAGAUGCCGACCGAAAUUUAUACAUAUGUAAUAUAAUUCGCGCAGCUGCAUGCUGUUCCAUACAAUAAAAAGCCUAUAAUAAUCUAAAAA